AUGGGGAUAAUUGAUGAGGUUAAGAACACCUUGUCCAAGGCGGUGUUCACUCCGUCUACGCUGCUGUCUGGACGAGGUGGGCUGCACAUGGCACAGAUCAUUCUAUCACUCCUUACCUUUGUUCUGGCAAUAUUCAGAGGAGGGAGCAGCCAUACCUACUGGAACUAUGCCAUGUUUACCUGGGCCUUCUGCCCCAUCAUGACCCUCAUCAUCACCGUCAUUGAGAUGUUCAAACUCGAUGUCGUCCUCAAUUUGUUUUGCAUGGACUGGUCUGACUUCACCACUGGGAUGGCCAUGUCCUCUACCCUCAUGACCAUCUCUAUCGCCAUCACCUACGCUAACUUCUACACUUGCACGAAACUGAAAUGUCUAUAUGGCAUCAUAGUGAGUGUAUUUGCUUUCUUGUGUGGCUUUGUCUACACACUUGAAGUGGUGAAGGACAAAAUCCUGGACAAGAAGAAGGGGAGCUACCUGGCUGCUCUGCCUGGAUUCUUCAAAGUAAUGGAGGCCUUUGUGAGCUGUGUCAUUUUUAUAUCACUGACUGGAUACAGAGACAAACCAGCUCUGAUCUUAUGCAUCAUUGCAUAUGUCAUUCCUUUUCCCAUCCUCCCAGUAAUCAUAGCCGUCAACAUUUUGAAGAAACUGAAGAAUUGUUUGCCCUUUAAUUUGGACAGAUUUGUGUUUAUAUUCCUGGUGAUCUCUGUUGUGUUGUAUAUAUUUGCUGCUAUUGUCUGGCCCAUUUUCACCUUUAAAGACAAUCCUCGUCCCAGCCACUGUCCACCCAGUUUCUGUAUCUGGGCCAUACAGUUCAUAGUCACAUUUAUGACCUAUGUCAACCUUAUUCUUUUCUCACUGGAUCUCAUUUUUACUCUGCUUGGGAUUUGUGGUUUUAAACGUACUUAA